UUGGGUCGCGCCCCUCACCGUAGUGGGGCGGCGGGGCCGGCUUAGCGCGGGCGCGGCCAGUUCUGGGCUUGGUGAGGGGGGGCUCGCUGCCUCCCGCCUCCCGCCCGCUCCCUGCGCCGCCCGCCGCCACUUCGGCGGCUCCUCCGAGCAGCGCCGCGGCUCCGCGCCGCCGAUGCGGGCGAUGUUCGCGGGCAGGCAGAGGCAGCGCAGCAGCGUGGGGGGCAGCUGAACUCCGGGGAAGGAUGACCAGCGCCGCUGCGAUCCUCUUCCUCCUGCAGCUCUUGCCCAAGGCGCACGGACAGGUUUUCGCAGGUGGUUGUUCGUUUGAUGAGCACUACAGUAAUUGUGGUUAUAGUGUGGCCUUGGGAACCAAUGGAUUUACGUGGGAGCAGAUCAAUACCUGGGAAAAGCCAACAAUGGAUCCUGCUGUCCCAACUGGCUCCUUCAUGAUGGUGAACAGCUCUGGGCGAGCAUCUGGGCAGAAAGCUCACCUGCUCUUGCCUACACUGAAGGAAAAUGACACCCACUGCAUUGACUUCCACUAUUACCUGUCCAGCCGAGACCGUUCGAGUCCUGGCUCUCUGAACGUCUACGUGAAGGUGAAUGGAGGACCACAGGGCAAUCCCAUAUGGAAUGUCUCGGGGGUUGUUACAGAAGGAUGGGUGAAAGCCGAACUUGCCAUCAGUACAUUCUGGCCACAUUUUUAUCAGGUGAUAUUUGAGUCUGUCUCUUUGAAAGGACACCCAGGGUACAUAGCUGUGGAUGAAGUCAGAGUUCUCGCCCAUCCAUGCAGAAAAGCACCUCAUUUCCUCCGGCUGCAGAACGUGGAGGUGAACGUGGGACAGAAUGCGACGUUCCAGUGCAUUGCUGGGGGGAAGUGGUCGCAGCAUGACAAGCUCUGGCUUCAGCAGUGGAAUGGAAGGGACACAGCACUGAUGGUCACUCGAGUGGUCAACCACAGGCGCUUUUCUGCCACGGUGAGCGUGGCUGACACCUCCCAGCGCAGCAUCAGCAAGUACCGCUGCGUCAUUCGCUCCGACGGCGGAUCUGGAGUUUCCAAUUAUGCAGAAUUAAUAGUCAAAGAGCCCCCAACUCCCAUUGCCCCCCCUGAGCUGCUGGCUGUCGGUGCCACGUACCUGUGGAUUAAACCCAACGCCAACUCCAUCAUUGGAGAUGGGCCCAUCAUACUGAAGGAGGUGGAGUACCGGACGACCACUGGGAAUUGGGCUGAAACACACAUUGUAGACUCUCCUAAUUACAAGCUCUGGCAUUUGGACCCUGAUGUGGAGUAUGAGAUCCGGGUGCUGCUCACUCGCCCUGGAGAAGGAGGCACUGGCCCCCCUGGACCACCGCUCACAACAAGGACUAAGUGUGCAGAUCCUGUUCAUGGACCACAGAACGUGGAGGUGGUUGAUAUCCGCUCCCGGCAGCUGACGUUGCAGUGGGAACCCUUUGGCUAUGCGGUGACCCGCUGCCACAGCUACAAUCUCACCGUCCAGUACCAGUAUGUGUUUAACCAGCAAAAGUUCGAGGCAGAGGAACUCAUCCAAACCUCGUCCCACUACACCUUGCGAGGUCUCCGGCCCUUCAUGACCAUCAGGCUGCGGUUGGCCCUCUCAAACCCUGAGGGUAAAAUGGAGAGUGAGGAGCUGGUUGUGCAGACGGAGGAGGAUGUUCCUGGACCUGUUCCCUUGGAAUCCAUCCAGGGAGGACCUUUUGAAGAGAAGAUCUAUGUUCAGUGGAAGCCUCCAAAUGAGACAAAUGGCAUCAUUACACUCUAUGAGAUCACAUACAAGGCCGUUGGGUCUCUGGAUCCCAGUGCUGACCUGUCCAGCCAAAGAGGGAAAGUCUUCAAGCUAAGGAAUGAAACACAUCACCUCUUUGUAGGAUUAUACCCAGGGACUACAUAUUCAUUCACCAUCAAAGCCAGCACAGUCAAGGGCUUUGGGCCACCCAUCACAACACGGAUUGCAACCAAGAUUUCAGCACCAUCAAUGCCAGAGUACGACACAGACUCACCCCUGAAUGAGACUGACACGACCAUCACCGUCAUGCUGAAGCCCGCUCAGUCCCGGGGUGCUCCUGUCAGUGUCUAUCAACUGGUUGUCAAGGAGGAGAAGCUGCAGAAAGCACGGAGAGCUGCAGACAUCAUAGAGUGCUUCUCUGUCCCAGUGAGCUACAAGAAUGCUUCCAGUCUGGACUCACCACACUACUUUGCAGCCGAGCUGAAACCCAUCAACCUGCCUGUCACUCAGCCCUUCACAGUGGGUGACAACAAAACCUACAAUGGCUACUGGAAUGCUCCACUUUCUCCUCUGAAAAGCUACAGCAUAUACUUCCAGGCUCUGAGCAAGGCAAAUGGAGAAACAAAAAUCAACUGUGUCCGGCUGGCAACCAAAGCAGUAAUGGGUAGGCAACAAGUGACCACGCGAAACCCGCCCAGCCUCUUGAGCACAGGAGCUUCCACCCAGAAUUCCAAUGCAGUGGAACCAGAAAAACAAGUUGACAGCACGGUGAAAAUGGCUGGAGUUAUAGCUGGUCUGCUGAUGUUUGUUAUUAUCCUCCUGGGAGCAAUGCUUACCAUCAAGAGAAGAAGAAAUGCAUAUUCCUACUCCUACUACUUGCAUUCAAGCCAAUGUUUUAGGGGCCUCUCUGUCUUCUACAGGACCAGGAAGCUAGCCAAGAAGCAGAAGGAGACUCAGACCAGCACGCAGAGGGAGAUGGGUCCCAUGGCUACUUCCGACAAGACCUGUACCAAACUCAGUGCUGUUCACAAUGAAGAAGCUUUCUCUUCCAGCUGCCAAGAUGUUAAUGGAUUCACAUCACCCUCUCCUUGUUCAUUUUCUGUCCAAAGCAAAACCCUUCAGAGCAAAUCUUUGUUGAAUUCCUACUAUUCAGUAUCAUCAGACACUGUUCCAUCGACCACGCUGUUAGACAGUAGCCAUGGAGAGAUGACCCAGCCAACCCUGACUAUCCAGACCCACCCGUUCCGGAGCUGCGAGCCGGUGGAAAUGUCCUACCCCCGGGGGCAGUUCCAGCCAGCCAUCCGAGUGGCCGACCUGCUGCAGCACAUCACCCAGAUGAAGCGAGGACAGGGCUAUGGAUUUAAAGAGGAGUAUGAGGCACUACCCGAGGGGCAGACAGCAUCCUGGGAUACAGCCAAGGAAGAUGAAAACCGCAAUAAGAACAGAUACGGAAACAUAAUCUCCUAUGAUCAUUCAAGAGUGAGAUUGCAGCUGCUGGAUGGGGACCCUCACUCUGACUACAUAAACGCCAAUUACAUAGACGGGUACCACCGGCCUCGCCAUUACAUUGCAACUCAAGGGCCUAUGCAAGAGACAGUGAAGGAUUUCUGGAGAAUGAUCUGGCAAGAAAACUCUGCAAGCGUGGUCAUGGUCACCAACUUGGUGGAAGUGGGCAGGGUGAAGUGUGUUCGGUACUGGCCAGAUGACACAGAGGUCUAUGGAGAUAUUAAAGUCACAUUAAUUGAAACAGAACCGUUGGCAGAGUAUGUCAUACGCACAUUUACUGUGCAGAAGAAAGGCUACCAUGAGAUCCGAGAGAUUCGGCAGUUCCACUUCACCAGCUGGCCGGACCACGGCGUUCCUUGCUAUGCCACCGGCCUCCUGGGCUUCGUUCGCCAAGUGAAGUUCCUCAAUCCCCCAGAAGCAGGACCCGUUGUUGUGCACUGCAGUGCAGGGGCUGGGAGAACAGGGUGCUUCAUUGCCAUCGACAUCAUGCUCGACAUGGCAGAGAAUGAAGGCGUGGUGGAUAUAUUUAACUGUGUGCGAGAGCUGCGAUCCCAAAGAGUCAAUUUGGUGCAGACAGAGGAGCAGUAUGUGUUUGUCCAUGAUGCCAUUUUGGAGGCAUGUCUCUGUGGCAACACGGCCAUUCCAGUUUGUGAGUUCAGAUCCAUAUAUUACAACAUCAGCCGACUAGAUCCACAGACCAAUUCCAGCCAGAUAAAAGAUGAGUUUCAGACUCUCAAUAUCGUGACACCGCGUGUGCGGCCAGAGGACUGCAGCAUCGGCCUGCUGCCCAGGAACCACGACAAGAACCGCUGCAUGGAUGUGCUGCCCUUGGACCGGUGCCUGCCUUUCCUCAUCUCCGUGGAUGGAGAAUCCAGUAACUACAUCAAUGCUGCACUCAUGGAUAGCCACAAGCAACCUGCUGCCUUUAUUGUCACCCAACACCCUUUGCCCAACACCGUAGCAGACUUCUGGAGGCUGGUGUUUGAUUAUAACUGCUCCUCUGUGGUGAUGCUGAACGAGAUGGAUGCAGCACAGCUCUGCAUGCAGUACUGGCCAGAGAAGACUUCCUGUUGUUAUGGCCCCAUUCAAGUAGAGUUUGUUUCAGCAGACAUUGAUGAAGAUAUCAUCAAUCGGAUAUUCCGGAUCUGCAACAUGGCCAGGCCGCAGGAUGGGUACCGCAUAGUUCAGCAUCUGCAGUACAUUGGCUGGCCAGCAUACAGGGACACCCCUCCUUCCAAACGCUCCCUCCUCAAGGUGGUCAGAAGGUUGGAGAAGUGGCAAGAACAGUACGAUGGGAGAGAUGGACGGACUGUUGUCCACUGCCUGAAUGGUGGGGGACGCAGCGGCACUUUCUGUGCCAUCUGCAGCGUGUGUGAAAUGAUUCAACAGCAGAAUAUCAUUGAUGUGUUCCACAUAGUGAAAACGCUACGGAAUAACAAAUCCAACAUGGUGGAGUCAUUGGAACAGUAUAGAUUUGUAUACGAGGUUGCACUGGAAUACUUGAGUUCCUUUUAGCGCAGUGGAGGCAUGGGAGCCUCUGGAAUGCCAGACCCCAAUCUCUGGCCAAUGCUUCUCCCUUCUCCCACACUGGAAGGCAGUGACAAGCGUGGGAAGGAAAACCUCUCCUUCCCGGAGCAAGAGACUGAGACUGCACAGACCUGUCUGGAUGGAGGAGCCGAUGCCUGUGUCUGCAGCUGCCUGCUUUCCCUCAAACAUCUCCUGCUUCAUGAAUAACCUCCUGUAAAAAUCAGCAACACGGGAAACAGGCUCAAGACUGGACUUCCAAUCCCCUCUGACUUCUUCUCUCCUCUUUGGGAUUGUAUUUUUGCUCUCCUUGCUGCAGAGUGGGGAAGGAAUGAAACCCUGAGGAAAUUCUCUUUUCAAUGUCUCCUUUUUAAUUUAUAAUUUUGUUCUCAAAUCCUAGCCUCUAAGUUUUUAAUUCCAUGCAGCAGUCAUUUGGGACAAAUGAGAUAGCCAUAGGGGACAUCGGAAAUGGUUCAUUACCAUUUGUCUGCCUUCCCUGUUUAUUUGUUUUUCCAAAUGAAAAGGCCAACACAAGAGAAAAAAAAACCCAACCAGCCAACAUUGGAAUUCUCUUCUCAUGUGUAGCUCCUUUUAGCAUGAAAACAGAUGGUGGACAUGAGAAGCUGUUCAUGGAUUCACUGCCUUGGCUUCUACCCAGAUGUUUCCUCCCAGUUUCUGCUAGGCUCCCAAGGCUGUGCAUGAACCAGUUCCAGCUCUGGUCUGCGUUCCUUUCAGUGCUGGUGAAGCAAUACCAGGAAUGAGUUUCCCACGCACUUGAACCUUAAGGUUAAAUAUUUGCAUCAAACAAAUUGCAUUUGUCUUGCAAUUGGUAACUUUGUUACCACGUUUUUCAAGUAUUUGCUGGGGUGCAGUGUGUUUGACGAACAGGGUAUACAGUAGGUAUUAUUGAUCAUAUACUAUGUAUUGCUAUUUCUUAUUUAUAACUUGUAUUGCUGUACAAUACAAACUCGGGACCCCUAGUCACGACAGGACCCUGCUGAACUAGGCACUGUGCAAACAGAGGACAAAGAAGGUUCCUGCUCAGGAGCUUCUGAAGAUAAGUCUUAAAAUUGGGCUUGCUCAAGAUUUCCUCACUAUUUCCAAACUGUUGUACAAUCAGAUGCAGUUGAGUGAUUUAUUCAGACCUCCUUAAAAACAGUAACCCAUCCAAGGUGCAGGAAAGGUGAUGUACAUACAGAGAAACCUAUUCUGGCAUGUGCUAAGGAGGGGUUAAACCAGCAACUCCCCUUCUCAAACGAAUCAGCUUUUGUUUUAUUCUGCAGAAAUGCCUGUGCAAAUCUCCUCCUUUGAAACAAACACCAGAUGUGUUCUGCCAUGUUCUGGAUCUCACUCUGACUUCUCAGCAGCUAAGAAAUUGCUUUUCUGAGGGGGGAUGUUGCAGUAGUUAAUCACUGAGAUCUGCAGGGUAAUCUUGGAGAAAAAAUAAUUGAAUGAACAAGGCCUUACAAUAUUCAGUAUUUCAAUUUAGCCAUUUAUAUAUCUUGAGGGUGCAGGGAUAUGAGGCUGCUCUGUGUGUAAAUUAGAUUCUGGGAGAUGAAGGUUUCUUCCGAUACAGACUUGCUCAAAGAUAGACUGAAGAGUUGAAGGAAACUCCACUUUCUUACCUCUCUCAGGUAAAUACCUGGAGACUGUGCUGGGAGCUCUGUCAUGUCAGUGCCUGGUACAGAGCAUGCCAGGAGUUCCAAACAGGUUACUAAUUCUGUAUGUAAAUUCAAAAGGCACCUCUGCUUCGUGGUCAUUAUUGUAUCAAUAGUCAUGCCUUUACCUUGACAACGAAGGAUGAAAAUCUGAUAAAAACAACUCUCAACUCAUACAACAUACCAGUAUCUAACCAAAUAGUUAUCAUCAAUACCAGGACCUGCAACAGGCGAAGGAAGGAUGCUUGGAACAGCAAUAAUCCUCCUCCAGAGUGAAGAGGAGGGGCUUCUUAGGAUGCUGAAGCACCUAGCUCAUAUUCUUUUCGAGGAGCUUUGGAUUCUUAAGAAUAAUGAAGGUUUUAAAUGAGGUAGAACCAGAUUCUUCCUGAUGUAGCCACUAUGCCCUAAAGUAUCAGUGAGAAACCCUUCACAGGUGCCUCUGCUCUGCUUCUGUUUGGUCCUUUCUGUUGUCUGCAUGAAAUCAUUAAUCAUAGAAUCACAGACUGGUUUGUGUUGGAAGGGACCUUCCAGCUCCAACCCCUUCCACGGGCAGGGACACCUUCCACUAGAGCAGCUUGCUCCAAGCCCCUGUGUCCAACCUGGCCUUGAACACUGCCAGGGAUGGGGAAAUCCCCUUUAGUUCCUAUUGGGGCUGUAGAUGGAUGUCUGGCAUCUCAUGAAACAAACUACUGGUUGUAAUUGUUUUUUUGGUUGUUUUUUCCUUUUGCCUCUAAGAAACACAAACAAUUCUGUAGAAGAAAAGAAAAUGGAAAGCAAAGCAAAACUAUGAGUUAAAAAUGAGAAGGAAGACGUGUUUGUGUUCUGCUUACACGUGACUGGCUGCAACAGUGUAGGUCAGGAGCUGGGAGCCAUUAGCAAAGAGAGAAUCUGGAUCCCAGAAAGGGCUUUUCCAACAACUGCCCAGGUAGGAAGAAGCUACAAGUCAGUGAAGUUUUUGUGCCUUCACUAACUCCAGAAGGCCAGAGGGAGUCAUUCCCUGUGGAUACUAUGGAAAUGGUCAUUAGUAGUUAGCAUAGAAACUAGCAUAGUGAUAGGGCCUCCUCAUGAGUUACUGAAAGCACUGAGGGGAACAGCCAGGAUAAAAGGACUAGACAGGUAGAAGAAAUGGCAAUAGGAUUGAGAUGUGAAGUGUGGGAGGUAAAUCAAGGCUUAACAGUAGCAUGAAGGAAAGUGAAUUAAAAAGCCAGAAGGAAGCUCAUAGGAGAGAUGUGUGUGUGGAGAGCAGGAGUUGCUGGAUGAGCAGAGCAGCACAGAACUUGCAGUGGAGUUAUUUAAGGUUUUGAGGUAGGUUUGAAUGUGCUUGACUGAAGGGCCAAGUCCUGUCUCAUCUGACCCACAGCAGCACACCAUGUGCUUUUAGCCCUCUGCAAAUGCCAAGUGAUGGUAGCAUACACUGCAGGGAGAGAGAUUAAGCUAAAUUUUACCUUUAAUUUGCAAGGAACAAGUUUAAUGCUGGUUACCACAGCCUGUUAGUCACAGCUUAUGAUGUGGUGGUAACUGUGCUGUGUGUCUCAACCUUCUUCUAAUGCCCACCAUACAAUCCCUGGGAAAGAUGCUCAGCACACUACGGAUGGUGUUGCUGUUAUAUCAUCAUGCUUUUGGGGACUGACCAGCUCCACUCUGUGUUAGCUCAGGGACCUUUAUGCUGUUUCUUACUGGAAGAUGCAUGUAUGCUGAACGGAAAUUAAUGAUGAAGGGAAUUGUGUGGCAAGAGAAGAGAAGCUCAUUUAAAUAACCUUAUUACCUUGAGCUUGUUUAAACCCUAGAGAAAAGUCUGUAGCAAAAUAGGUGACAUGUUGGAGCAAGAUUAUGGGUGAUGGGUUUGUUUAUGCUAGGAAAGGGAGAAAAUAUGAGAUGAGCUGAAGGAGCUUUCUCACUGCUGAAAGGUUUAAUAGUCAAGUUGAGCUUUCCCACCUGAGCAUCCCCUGCUGUGGUAGAAAGCAAUAAUGUACAGUAGAAAAGGUGAAUUCCUCCAUGUCUGAAGUUUAGGCUGAUAAGAUGUAACAUUGACAGUGUUUGAAUGGACAUAAUGACAAGAAACUUAGUCCCAUUCAGACAUCCUGCAGGAGUGAGGGAGCACUAUUUAUUGAUAGCAUAGCAUUGGUCUAGUGUUUAAUCUGAAUUACAAGGGACUAGAAAUAGGUAAAGAAGGAUGGUUCAGGGGUCACUGACUCAGGGUGUAACUAACAUCUCAAAUUGUUAAGGGAUAUAACCAAAGCAGUGAAUUCCAGAGCUAUCUAGGCUGGCUGCUGGAGAAGGAAGAGAGUUGUCUGCAGGGGAAAGAUAGAGCAAACCCCCUAAAAGGUGCAGUAGGUCUUAACAGUCUGUUCUUUUUGUAGUUCUCUGUGUGUGUUUGGUGGUGGUUUGUAGGUGGGGUUUUUAAUCACGAUCUCUGCAGGAGCUGUGUCCUUGCUCUUCUUUUUGUUUUGCCUUCUUCAAAUUACCUGUAAGGAAAAAAGACUUUCGACCUCCUGUAAAUAAACUGGAGGGACUUGUUUAUUAACUGAAAGAAAAGAGAAGAUGCAGGGGAGCACAGUGUACGUCUGAAGGAACUGAAUCAGGACCUCUGGUAGCAAGCAAGCAAAUGGGAAUUUGGUGGUUUUAUUUAUGGCUGCAGUUUGAAAUAAUUGGUAUUCUGUGAUCAGGGCAGUCAGCAGGAGGCCUUUCAGUCUGUGGUUUAAAUUCUUCAGCAGGGUUGCACAGAAUUAUCAUAGAAAUCAUGAAGUGAGAUCUGCCUUUGCCAGUCUCUGGUGGUUACUGUAAUUUAGUCACAUUUUAGCCAUUGAUGUGAGUUAAAGUUGUCCAUUUUGGUCAGUAGUUUCCAACCUUUUAUUCUGGAUCUGAAAAAAACUCCCUGUAAAAAGAAAGCCCAGUGGCAAUAUAGACCCCACAGUAGUAGGUGUAAGCAUGCAGAUGGUAGACCUGCUUUUCCAUUUACUUUUCACAGGCCCUUUAGAAGUAGUUUGUGGGAUUUCCCUUGGGAAUCUCAAGCCAGGGAUUGCUGGUCACUGCUCUUGAUGAGCUGUAGAGUCAGAGAAAGGAGGUGAUUCAGAAAGCAGUUAAACCAGUUGCCAUCAGGAAGAGAAGGAGAAGAAACCUCCUUUGGGAGAAAUAAACAUUGGAGAAGGCAGAUUAACUGGAGUCCUGAAACAGGUGGAAACUUGCACUUUGUUCUGUCUCUCCUGCUUGCACAGCUACUCUUGUUUCUUACUAUUCUGAGUUCAUGCCGAGAUCAUAAACACCAGGUAAUGCUGCAUUCCAUGCUGUGGAGCUUUACGGAGAUGGAGCAGAGUGUUACAGAGGGAAUAAAUCCUGAGAGACAAAGAUAAAAUGAGGUUUGCUGGAGAGAGGAACCUGCAAAUACGAGGUGUUUCUGCCACACUUGCAGAAUUCUUAUCAAGCCACCCGAGCACACACAGUCCUGGUUCAGCCCUGGAUGUGCCAAUGGAAAUGUGCCACUUAGAAAACUUCGUUGUCCUGGAGUCAGUUUAAACAAACAGCUCUGUUACACGGGUAGCACAGUUAACGUUGGUAUCUCCAGCUGGUGCAAGGGGCAUCUGCAGACCUUGAUGUAAGCCGCUGUAUUUUCAUUUGGGGUUCUUUCGUUUCUCUUCACUGUACACAGUUCAGUCAACCCUGGUUUGUUAGACAAGUAGAGCCCCAUGUGGCAAAAGUUAUUGAGCAUAACCACUGCCUUUGGGUCAAAACCUCAGCAUACCUGCUAGGACACUCUCAAAAGGUAGGCAAACUACUGCAUCUUCCCUGCACAGACGUUUCCAAGAUAGAAAGGGGGAGCCAGCUAAUGAAAGUCAGGGGGACAUAACUGAGUACUAAAGAUUCUGUUAACCCCACUGUUCCCAGCUAUUUAGAUUUCAGGCUUCUAUAGACAUACAUACAUAAUACACAGUUUAAAUGCAAGUGCUCUUUCUUUCCCUGCUCCCCAAAAUACCUAGAGCUCUUCCUUCAUCAAGGGCAAGCGAACAGCAUAGCAAGCAAAGCCCACUUUCUGCAGUUCUGCCACGGACCACUAGGAAAAUCUGUCAUGUAUUAUCUGUUCAUUGACUUGGAAAAGUUAUCAUAGAAUCACAGCCUGGACCUUAAAGCUCAUCCAGUUCCAACCCCUGCCACGAGCAGGGACACCUUCCACUAGAGCAGCUUGCUCCAAGCCCCUGUGUCCAACCUGCCCUUGAACACUGCCAGGGAUGGGGCAGCCACAGCUUCUCUGGGCAACCUUCAUCUUCCUCAUAUACAUACUUGAAGAAUGUACAAUUUGCUGUAACUGUCUGGCAAAAUCAUCUAUUUUCAUACACAGGGACCAAAUCCUGGUGAUACUGAGUGUGAUGGGAAGAAAAAACCCCAAACUUGCUGACUUCCAGUGAUUAUGUAGUCUAUAAUCUUUAUUUGCUCUGUUAAAAUAUUUUAAAAGCCUCCCCUGUAAAAAACCACCUCCCCUCAGCUGUCCUGCAGUUGGACUGACAUAAUGGUGAAAUCCUGGCAGCUUUUCCAGUUUGUAGAAACAUGAGAGACAAAUCAGCCUUUCCACCCUCAGCCCAGUGCAUGCAGCAGGUUUUUCACCACUAUUCUGUUUUCAACCUGAGCCUUAAAAACCAAAAUAAUGCAGGAGACUGAACGCCGGAUGCUGGUGUUCCCGUAGUGUUGGCUGGUGGGGGGAAAGAAAAGAAAAAUGGCAUGAGAAAAGAGCACACUAACAUGUUUUCCUUGCAACUCAAUUCAGCAUGAGCUGUUUCUAAGCAGUACAAACAUGAGCCAUUCCAUGCUACGUCAUCUGCAGAAAGGAUUUGCUUGUUGCAAGGGGAAGGUAUGCAGUAAAGGCACCCCUCGGGACCUGGUAUUUCAUAUGUAGGUAUCCAACAGCACUGUGGUUCCUUUAGUGGAGAUGCUUUCAGAGAGUGAUGGUGAUUCAGUGGAGGUGUUUGUCACUGGGAGAUCUGAUACCCUGAAGCACCACUCUUUGGGAACGUGAGAUACCUCAAACAUGUUGGGAUCUGUUUCCUUGUGUGUGUCAUUUUAAUGGGGACCUCCAGGAAAUGUUAUUUCUGUGAAAUUAUGGAAAGGAGUGCAUUUGGGGGAUGGAAGUGGGAGUGUGGCCAGCACUUCACAAGCUUUCAUGAACUUAGAUGCUCUAACCAGACUCCCCAGAAUGGUCAGUUUUUUGCAUUGCUAACAGUCUAACCAGACACCAUGUGCUAGACUUUCAUGUACCUGGAGCAGAACUGGCAUUACCCUCUCAUUGUCCCUGUAGCCCUUUCUUACAUCUCCAGCCCUUAAACACUGUACUUCUAUGCCAAAAGUUGGAGCUGUAUCCUUAACACAUCCUCUAACCCAUGUGGACUAACUGCAUUGACAAAAUUCACUCCCAUAUUGAUUUAACCUCCUCCACCUCCUCCCUCCCCACACCACUCCUGUUGACAUUAAACUGUAUGAGCAUCGCUUAUUGCCACACCUGGCACUACUUCACACAGCAAUGCUGUGGCUGCAUCUGGAUCAGCAGUAUCCUCUUCCAGCUCCCUCGAUGCAUUUUGGCAGCAGGGAGGAAUGCUGCAUGAGAGAGAGUCUCUGCUGUUGCAAUGCCACCCCCAUCUGCCCCCCUCCUUUGGCCUUUAUGGAUUACUGGUGAAACUCACUUGUACAGUUUGGAUGUUUGAUAGAUAAAGCACGUAUGGAAAAAAAAGGAAAAAAAUAUAAAUACAGAAAUCUCAACACUGUGCAUUCAGUGUCUUUCUAGCUUAAAAGAAGGAAGGUAAAUAAUGUCAAGUCAAUGAAUAUCAGAUAUAUUUUUUGACUGUACAUUACAGUGAAGUGUAAUCUUUUUUUUACAACUGCGAGUCCAUCUUAUUUAUUCUUGUAAAUGUUCCCAGACAAUGUUUGUAAUAUGGGCUGUGUUGCAAAUCCAUAAAAUAAAUCUGUGAUCUGAGAGUAAUGUUUUACUAAGGA